CGUAGACCCGGAAGUGACGUGUACCAGAAACAGCUUUGGUUCGAGCACCGACAACAACAGAAGUUACAGCAAUGAUGAAAAUGGACGCAGAUGAUGAUGAUGUGUCGUUGUUCGAUGCUGAUGAAGAUUCCGCCUCACGAAAGAACAAAGUCAAGCAUCCGUUGGCUUCUUUCUUCCACCUGUUCUUCCGGGUCAGUGCAAUACUGGUUUAUCUUUUGUGUGGAUUAUUCGGUGGGAGCUUCAUCGCCUGUAUGGUCACCAUCAUUCUCCUCCUUUCGUGUGACUUCUGGACUGUGAAGAACGUCACAGGUCGUCUGCUGGUGGGGUUGCGCUGGUGGAAUCAAGUGAAUGAUGAUGGAAAAAGCCAUUGGGUGUAUGAGUCAAGAAAUACUAAUGCGAAGCAGUCUUCUGCAUCACAAACCUCAAAUGCAGAGUCUCGUAUCUUCUGGCUGGGACUGAUCAUCUGUCCUGUCGUUUGGGUUAUUUUUGCUUUCUCCACACUCUUCUCCUUCAAGAUCAAAUGGCUGGCGGUGGUGAUCUUGGGAGUGGUGUUACAAGGCGCUAAUCUCUAUGGAUAUGUGCGCUGUAAAAUGGGAGCUAAAACAAACCUGAGAAGCAUGGCCACAAAUUACUUCGGAAGGCAGUUUUUCAAACAGGCUAUGACAAAACAGGAGGAGUCUUAGAACAGAGCGACUGACCUUAAGAAUGCACACGCUAUAUUUCCACAAAAUAAAACCCUUUUUAAUGACUAAAUUAUGACUUAAUUUAAGAAAGCUGUUACUUUGAUCAUUUAGAUUUUUUUCUUGCAUUUUUUCUGUGUAACUUGUCGACUAUAACCUGUUAUACAAUGUGUUCAACAUUUUGUGCACAGUGUUUAAUAAUAUUGCAUGACCUCAUGAUGAUGGUGACAAUUUCAUAUGUACAUAUUUAUAUAUAGCAGUAAAUUAUCUUGGGGGGAACUGAAUAAAUCAUUUUUUAUUUAAAUGA